UCACACACACACAUAUAUAUAGCUACGUUGCCGGUGAUCUGAAAUUUGUAACCUGUAAUUUCAAACUGUUGAACAACAACAGUAAAUUUUCAUUAUAUUCCUAAAAUUAGUGGUAUUGACGAAUUUAUGAAAAUGGAUUCCAAACCAUGACUUCCCCUCCUGAAUAAAAUGCCGUGGAACCGCAGCCAAAGAUAGAGCGAAGAAACUGAACAUGACAAUACUGCCACCAGUUGCCAUGGAAACGGCGUCACUACAGAAGAUGGACGUCGUCGUCGGUCCAGAUCUUUGGUUGUCAACGCGCAUCAUCAUGAUGCGUGACCCCAUGCCACGACGCCGCGUGCACUACGUGGACGGCAUGGGGGACUAUAUAUCGUUGUCAAAAAGAGUGCAAAAGAGUUGAUUUCGCUACAAAGUUGCUGUUCAAUACAAAUACAAUACAAAGCCUUUUCCCCCGAAGGCCACAGCUGCGAGUGCAAACGAGUUGAUCACCCUACAAAGGUGUUUUUCAAUACGUAUUCCAAGACUAUUUGUAUUAUUAUUAUUAAUUUAAUUUACAUUUUUGUGUUUUUGAGUGUUUUGUUUUUGUAUAUAUAUAAUUAUAUUUGGCUACAAUGCCUAAACUUUUAAUGGACUAUCUGCGGUGGGUACAUCGUAAGAGUGUGGGAUGGUUAGAGUCGAUAUCAGGAAAUAUUGACUGGAAGAAAUCUAAAUACAGAGAUCCAAAUAACAAACACAGACUGAAGCUCCAAGAGCUGGAGACAGACUUGAAUGAAAUCAUCCCACAGUGUUUGAAAGAAGACAAGGUUCCUCCAGAGUUUUUGGACGAAGUAAAAGCUUUCCACUCGUAUUACUACAAAGGCAAAAGCGACGAAUUAUAUGAGAUCCUUAUGAACGAAAUAUCUUGCCGCAAAAUUACCGAACAUUUCCAGCAAAUUGUCAAUCUCAAUAAAUCUCUUAGAGUGGAUUUCAAAGAGAAAAUCAGUAAGCGAAUAAACGCUGCUGAUCCAAAUCUAGUGACAACAAUUCAGCACAUAAUUUCGAACAACGUGUGUCCGAAAGUGUCGACAGAAAAAGGAACUGAUAUUGAAAAAGACAUCACAGUAGUUGAUAAGGAGACAUUUUCACACAUCCAGAAAGGUCAUUCAAACCGCAUAUACGACCAAAGCAUCACUGACCAACUUGGUGUACAACAGUCGGACAAAAAUGCCUCAAACGAAAUUAACAAAUUGAACAUUCCACAUUUUUUAAAAUUCGAUAAUAUUACAGACAGUGACUUGCGUGCUAUGGCAAAGUUUGAUGUCCACACUAACAGCAGUAAACAUUCAGAUCAUUUAGGAAAAAAAAGGAAAGUCUCAGGUACACAAAACGGUUGUGAACAAAUUGUCCACGACAAUGAUGGUAUUUCUGGAACAAAAAAGAUACGGCUAAUUCAAAACCAUGACAGUGAUCCAUCUGCUGUGAAUAUAAUUAAAAAAACAAGCGUCGGGUGUUGUUGUCCAAUGGAACGUAAUAUACGCACGCACACUGCAAUACCAUCAGCAUUGUCAGCAAAUCAAAGCAGACGCCCACAGCGUCAACAAGUAGAGGAUGGGAUUGGUACAGAUUUAGAUCGAGUCUAUAUGACAUCAGAUUUAAGAUCACGGCUUUCUUUGAAAGCGCCAAGUCCAUCAAACAAAACAAGAGUAGCACGGCACAGGGCUUACACAAAACUCGUCUGCAAGUGUCCAGACAUGCUGAGUUCAAAUCGUCGUCAAAAGACUAUGGACAAUAAUUGUUACACCAUUUCAGAUCCAGUACUAGCAGAGCACUGGGUGGACAGUCAAGCCAGGCUACCAAACGGCCAUCGUGAUGUAGCGGUUCCAUCAUCGGUUGUAAUGAAUGAUUCGUAUGGAGUCAAUAUGGAAGGAAGUGAGACAACUCCACCUCAAGGAAAUUCAGACAUGCGUGUUUCGACAUCAGAACGUGUGGACAAUGUCGAUGCCAUCGAUUCAUUUGUUUUCAAUAGCCAAAACUCUACCGAUUCGUCAAUUAGUUAUAUUGGAACUUUACCACCAGACACGAGUGACGACGAUCCGUAUAAAAUUCUGAUGGACUUUGUACUUGAGAAUGAACCAGUGGAAUUGUUUGAUGAAAUGCCACCGUAGUCAUUUAAGAUAUGUUAUAAAUGUACAUAGUGCUGACGAACGGUCCAAGACAAUGCCAUUAUUAAUAAACGGAAUUGGAAUUUGGCUUAAAUGUCUGACUAAUUUGGGUUAAGUGACUUCAAUUCAGGUUACUAAUAUUUCCUAAACAUCUUCUAUAGUCCGCCUCAUCCUUCUACAAAAAUGUGUUUUGUAAAUAAUUUCAGUUUGGUUUGACGUAAGAAGCAAAGUAAAAGUGUUUUAGAAAUAAUAAAACAAACCCAAAAAACACAAAAAAAAUAUUUGUGUGUACAAAUUAGAAAACAAUCGGCUCAGAAAUAAAUAAGUUGUAGUAAAUUAAAAAGGCAUUCCCUGUGUGAAGGACUAUAGAAGAAAAUAUUUUAAAAUAAAUUUGUACUACGGAUAUCAAUGAAAGCUUUUAAAAUUGAUUUAUAUAUUUGUUCAGAAAAUAUGCAUGAAUGGCAUUGUCUACAACUUUUUACACUAUUUUUUAUUACUUAGUAAACUUCUUUUUUAUCUUUA